AUGUCGGGCGAUCCAUUCGAUGAUCUGCUGGAACUGGAGGAUGGCUACUAUAAGGAAGGAUACGAAGCCGGCGUUGCUGACAGCAGCUAUGCCGGUAUGAUUGAAGGCAAGGUCUUUGGCAUUGAAAAAGGCUACGAAAAAGCCCUUGAACUCGGCAAGCUUCAUGGCCGAGCCCUUGUGUGGCAAGCCCGAUACGUUGAUUCCAUUGCCGUGGGACCGAACGUGAAGAAGGCUGCCAACAAUGAAGUGACGAGCUCCCAGACGCUCAAAGACCAUUCCAAACUGGCGGACACUGUAAGACUACUUGCGCCUCUCAGCAAGAAUGCGCGAUUGCGAAAGCAUGUUGAGGCGCUGCAUCUCGCUUCCAACAGCGCUACAAUUGCUAAAGACAACUCGGACGAAGCGGUGACUGAGUUUGACGACCGCAUUGCAAAGGCCCAAGCCAAAGCAAAGGUCAUCGCAAACAUUGUCGGUGAAUCAUUAAAUCCAACAACGAGCGUGAAUGCCGGCAUAGAAGAUGCCACAGGACUACAAGCACGCCAUUAA